AUGGACAAUCGUCACCCGACUUCCCAGGCUGAGGAGCUGAACUCCCAGUCCAGCUCUUCAGGGUACCCGCUGGAGUUGACUGUCUAUGAAGAAAGCCCAGGACCGUCAGCUCCCUGGGCUGGUUGCAGCCCCCCGCCUCAGCGCCCCGGCUGUAAGAGGAACAGGUCAGUGGCGUUCAGAGCGGAGGUGGAGGGCAACACGGCCGCUGAGGCCCAGGACACCUGGGUCGUGGAGUCGCUGAGUGGGCUCAAGAUGAAGCUGAAGCGACAGCGGGUGUCUUCAGUGCUGCCUGAGCACCACGAGGCCGACACCUGGGUCGUGGAGUCGUUCAGUGGGCUCAAGAUGAAGCUGAAGCGACAGCGGGUGUCUUCAGUGCUGCCUGAGCACCACGAGGCCGACACCUGGGUCGUGGAGUCGUUCAGUGAGCUCAAGAUGAAGCUGAAGCGACAGCGGGUGUCUUCAGUGCUGCCUGAGCACCACAAGGUCUUCAAGUGGAUGCUUGAGGAUCCCGUCGUUAAGAAAUUCCUCGCCUGGGACAAAAACCUGGAAGUAUCUGACAAGUAUCUCCUGUCGAUGGUGAUAGCGUAUGUCAGCCGGGUCGGGCUCCUCUCCUGGCAAUUCCAGAGAAUCCAUUUCUUCAUAGCUCUCUAUGUGGCCAGCGACAUGGAAGAGAACAACCAGGCCCCCAAGCAGGCCAUCGUUUCGUUCCUCUAUGGAAAGGACAGCUCCCAGCAUGCCUUGUUCCACAAACUGCGUUCCCAGUUCAUCCGUUCCAUGGGCUGGAAGACAUGGGUCACUCGGGAAGAGUGCGAGCAGAUCCAGGCUUUUGAUCCAGAGCUCUGGGUGUGGGGAAGAGAUCGUGCCCUCUUGCCCCAGAGGCCCCAGGACUACGCAGGCCUGAGGUCAUCGGCCUGCGCAAAGAUCACAGAGCCCAGGAGAGAUGAGGAUGUUCAACAAGAGGUCAAUCCAGACACUGACGACAGCCGUGAAGAAGGAAGGGAGAAGCCUCUUGUGCAGAUCAUCGAGAAGAAGCCAGCAUCUUCUAGAAUGAGCGGAGGCCAGUUUUCGUGUUAUACUCCUAGGAGCGGGAUUGUUCAAGAGUACCAUGCGAUGCAGCUUUUGGGGAACUACAAUAAAGAUGAAAGUCUUCUCACAGUCAGGAUGUGUGUGGUCAUUACCAGUCGGCUUCGCCUCUUUGCUGUCCAACGAGGUGUUGCUUAA